CUACAGCAAAGAGAAAGGGUAAAAAAAAACUGAAAAAAACAAAGGAAAGAAGAGGGAGGUAAAAGGAAAACGAGGAAAGAAAAAAGAAAAUUUAGAGAGCGGCAUAGCAGAGCAGCAAAAAUCCGCCGCCCUUCUACCUCCCGUUUUCUACCGAUCUCUUGUACAAGAAUCUAAACUUUAUUUUUUUUUUGGGUUGAAUCGUCUAUCGGCAUUUUCGCAAUCCCACCCUUGAACCCUAAUUUUCUGGUCUGAUUGGUGUGUUUUGGUUGUUUUGUUCUGGAAUCACGCCGAUCAGAUAACCAGAAUACACUGCUAAUUCCACACCGCACCACACUUUUUGAUACACACUGUUCCUCUCCCGCUUUCCUUCACCCAUCGCUCUGAGGGUGUCUGUUCUGUUCUGUUUUUUUGUGUGGGCCGGCUAAUGGAGAACAGCGGCAUACAGCCACAGCAACUUAAUAGUCCGCAGUCUCGCCGUUCAGGCAAGACAGCGGUUGUUUCAUCACCAUGGAGCCACGUCGUAAGGGGAGAGUCGGAAUCAAACUCCGUGGCUCCUUUGUCUCCUUCUGCCGCUGGUGUUUCUUCCCCCACUGCUGUUUCGGAACAAGUCCUGGGCUCAGCUUCAUCCUCUUCAACUACGGAUGACGAGAUCUGUAAUGGCAAUGCUGGCAAGAGACCAGCUUGGAAUGUGCCGUCUAAUGGCCCUGUAGAGAUUGGACCUGUAAUGGGAGCUGUUUCAUGGCCUGCUUUAUCUGAAUCCACAAGGGUUUCCUCUAAAUUGUCUCUGCCCGACGGAUCAUCAUCUCCAGUGCCUGUCUCGGGAAGUGGAACUGCAUCCUCGUUUCCUCAGAAACAAGUCAAUACUAAUGCAAACCCUAACUCGACUCCAAACCAUACUGCUCCACACCGUCAACGAUCAAUCAAACAGCGUAAUGGUGCUCCUCCUUCUGAUGGUAUCUCUCCUCAGCCCUUAGUCGUGUCACAGGGACAUGCAGGGGAGGUCCAACACUCAAAUAACCCUUCUCCUAAAGACCAUGGCCCAAGGAGUUCUCAAUCGCGCAACAGCAAUGAACCGAAUUCAGGGCAACGCAGCUCAUUCAGAAGCCGCAAUAGUGGUGGCCCGCAUUCUCGUGCAGAUGGCUCUUACAAUCAUCAUGGUUAUGGAGGAGGUAGGCGUGACCAAGACCGUGGAAACCAGGACUGGAAUACUCAUAAUAGGAGUUUCAAUGGUAGGGAGGGCCAUGUGCAGCAGCCACAGAGAGUCACACCGAGGUUCAUGAGGCACCCACCUCCCCCACCUCCUCCUCCUGCAUCUACACCUUUUAUGGGACCUGCUCCAGUACGGCCCUUUGGUGCUCCCAUGGGUUUCCCUGAAUUGGCUUCUCCUUUGUAUUACGUUACUGGUCCUCCACCUCCACAAUCUUUGAGAGGAGUGCCUUUUGUUCCGGGACAAAUACAACCUCAUGCGAUGUUUUUCCCUGCUCCAGAUUUUCAGUUGCAUUCUAAAAUAGUGACUCAGAUAGAUUACUAUUUUAGUAAUGAAAAUUUAAUUCGGGACACCUUUUUGCGGCAGAAUAUGGAUGAACAGGGCUGGGUACCCAUAAAAUUAAUUGCAGGCUUCAACAAAGUUUCUCAUUUGACUGAUAAUAUACCGCUUAUAUUGGAGGCUCUGAGGUCUUCAACUGCGGUGGAAGUGCAGGGUGACAAAGUAAGAAGAAGAAACGACUGGAUGAGGUGGUUGAUGCCGCAAUCUGUUCAGUUUCCUAGUAACCCUAUCCCUCAAGGCCUUGGGAAGUCCAAUCAAGAGAUGCUUCUGGGUAACAUGCAAAACAUGUCACUGGAGGAGGUCAGUGUUCAAAGUAAUGCGAGACGUCAAGCGGAUGUUCAAUCAGAGGCAUUCCAAAGCAGAUCGUCCUCAGGUGAUGUUAGUAAUCAGCCACAGCCAUCAUCUAGCCAUGAAGGUUUGGGUCACUUCACUUAUGCGAAGAAUUGAAGUGCAAAUGUGUUGUGAUGCACAUUGGAGGAAAAAUUGUGGACCCAGGAGAGGGUUUUCGACGACAUGGAUGUCCUGAUGGUAGUGGUCUUGACUUGAUCGUGAUGAAACAUGGUUUCUCGUAGGGGGUCAUCUAUAACAUAUUGGGUGAGUGACGAAAGAAGGAACCAGCUUUUGGAAAGACCAAGAUAGACAAACAAACCUAAAGAUAAUUUUUUCUAAUUUAAAAAAAAAAAAUCACGAAAAAAAAAAAAUCAAAACAAAACUAGAAACAUAAGGUAGUAAACUAUUUUAUGGCUGCAGAUGGUGGCAUGAGUUUAUUGGGAUUGUGUAAAGAAAAGCUUUUUGGGAUAUUAUAAUUUCAUCCCUCUCCCCCUCUUCAGUAUCUGCGGUGGCACUAUUGGUUUGAAUGGGGAAUUUUGACAUCAGCUUAUCGAAGAGAAAAGUGUUGGCUAUCCCACAGCGACGGGGAAUGAAUUUUGUCUGUCCCAUAAUGCUUUUGUUUGUGCACCGUCUGUUACUUUGCCAGUCCUUUUCAUUUUGAUUAUUAUGAGGCCUUUUAGAUAUAAGUUUCUUUGUUGGAUGUAUGGUAUAAAAUUUUAUUAUCGGA